AAACUAGAAAGGCGACAAGAGGGACGGAAAACAACACGUAUGGAAAUAUGUGGAUAAGCAGAAGCAAGAACUUUACUAAGUUGUGUACGGAUAUGUAGACCAUGAUGUCCAGUGAAAGGAAGGCAAAAGUAGACAAUUUUCUUGGAACAUGUAUUGACCUUGUCCUUGGUGUUAUAAAUCCUGUCAAGAAAUGUCUUAAUGCAACUAUCUAUAAGUGCUUUAGGAUAACCAUUAGAAGAAAAGGUUUUCUUAAAAUUUUCCAUUUCAGACUGGAAAGAUAUGUAAGAAGAACAAAUAUUGAAAUAUCGAGAUAUAAGAGAGAAGACCUUUUUUGUACAUCAUUGGAAUAAAGCUAUCAAAGUUUGUGAAUAAGCCAGUUGAAGUGCAUUUGUGAUGGACAGAGGUCGUGAAUGAGCCGUUUGAACGCAUUACGUUAACAUCAAGAAAAGGGAGUGAAGAAUUGUUUUCAAGCUCAUGUGUGAAUUGAAUAUUCGAAUGUUUGGAAUUGAGAUAAGAGAGGAAGGGAAGCACAUGAUCACGAGAUUGAAAGAUCAGAAAACAAUCAUCGACAUAACGACGAUAAAACAAAGGUUUAAAGUUAGAAGGGCAGUCAGUUUCAUGGAAUGAUAGAAAGAUGUUAGCAAACAGUGGACCAAGUGGUGAACCCAUUGCAACACCAUCAACCUGCUUAUAAAGAACACCAUCAGAUAGAAAAUGACAAUUCUUUACAGAUAAGUUAAGAAGUCGAGUGAAUUGAUCAACUGUGAAACCGUGAAAGCGUGAGGUAUUAUAGAAAUACUUAUUAACAAUUAUACUAAUAGUCUCAUCUAGUGGUAUGUUAGUAAAAAGUGACUUAACAUCAAAGCUAGCCAUUACAACAUUAUUAGUAUUAAUCUGCAGCUCACGUAAUUCCUUAACAAACAUAAAUGUAUCAGAAAUAGUGUAAGAAUUAGUGGAAAAAGGACGGAGAAGUGGUACAAGAAACUUAGCAAGUUUGUAAGCAUGAGUUCCUAUAGCAGAGAUAAUAGGCCUUAAAGGAAAAUUAGGUUUAUGAACUUUAGGUAAACCAUAUAGAAUACCUGGCCGAGAGCCAAUGGGCGUAAGUUCAUCAUGCUGUUGUUCAGAUAUAAGUUCUUCAUUCUUGAGUUCAUUAAGGAGUUUACGAACUUUGUCUUCACGUUUUACAGUUUCUUUAUAUAUAUUAGAUUUCUGCAUUUUUAACUGUUCGAAUUUAGUGUUAUCCUUAAGAAUGUCAAACAUUCUAGAUUUGUAGUCGCUGCGGUUAAUGAUAACAAUCCCAUUUCCUUUAUCCGGUUUUAUCAAGUAUAUAUCCUUGUCAUUCUGGAGUGAUUUAAUUGUUUUAAGUUCGUCAUCCGAGAAGAUAGAGUUAGGAGGAAUGUAGGUUUUAUAGCCCGUCAACGCAUAUGACCCAACUGUCUUGAGCGGCGGUUGUGUGCUUGAGAGCUCUGAUUAUUUUAUUUUUGAGCUCAAACGUUAUUAUAUACAUAAUGCCUGAUACAAUAACAUCUCUAAAGAAAGAAAACGAUGCUCUUAAACGAGAAAUUGAAUCUUUAAAGAUGAAUUUUGGCAAACUACAAGAAAUGAUGGAAUGCCAUGAAGAACCAGUGAAGCAAGACGGCCCGAGUAAAAUUUUGCAAACUCAAAUCCACACAUUACAAACUAGCCUUCAGUUUCUAAGUGAUAAAUACGAUUCUGAGAGUACUUCUAAAGCUGAAAUGAAAAAGGAAAUGAACAAACUAAGCUUAAAAUUGGCAGAAAUAGCCAAUCAAAGUCGACCACGUUGGCGAUGCGCUUGAGCAACUUCAGGAAUAUAGUUAUCAGUAUAACAUUAAAAUUCUUGGCCUUUCAGAGCGAAGCGAAAGGGAAUCGGCAAUUGAAACCAGCUCAAUGUGUGUAGAUCUUUUUAAAUCGAUCGGAGCUGAUGUAAACCUUAGCGACAUUGAUAUCGCUCAUCGUGUCCCCAGUAGAAGACAAGAUGGCAAACCGCGUCCGAUAAUCUGCAAAUUUGCUCGUCGAAUUGCAAAAGAGAUUGUGAUGAAUCGACGAAGCGAAACCUCUAAAGUCAACUCAUCCGUACAAAUGUUCGACCAUUUAACUCCGAAAAAUCAGCAAAUUUUAUUCGAAGCGAGAUCAUUUAAAGAAAGAAACGAUUAUCAAUUUUGCUGGACAAAGAACUCUGUUGUUUAUUUAAGAAAAAAUCCUUCCUCCCGCGCUAUCAGAAUAAAAGAUGUUGAAGAUCUUCAGAGAUUAAACGAGUGA